AUGAGACACGUGUCCUAAUAAUCAUAGUUUUUUUUGUAAUUAUUAAAAUAUUAAAAUGAGAGUGAAAAUACGAGUAAUCACAAGUUUGUUUGUUAUAUUACAAACACACCACGCGAUGUGUAUAAGUUUAGGAAUGCAGUUAUUAUCACAAAUGAUAGUAAACAAUAUGGAUUCAGUGAUUCCUCCGUUUAUAAAUUUAACCACAGGACAAUGCCAAACUGAUUUAAUGCAAUUUUAUAAUGAUAUACGGCAUGGUAAAAUGUGGGCAUCAAAAAUUUGUUGAUGUUUUUAGUGCUUGAUUCAAUCGCUAAGCCUUCUUCAGGCAUCCUCGAAGGCAAUUUAAUAAAUUUCGGUGAUUUUGACGAGUGUUUAAGCAUUCAAUACAUAAUUAAUACAAACAAAACACAGGAAAAUGAAAAUUUGAGUGCAGAAUAUAAAAUUCAAGGAAAAUAUUGCAUAGCAUCUUUAAAUUUUACUAAAUCCACGUAUAACUUGACAAUACCAUCAAGUUUUUUACCUUCAAUUUGGAAGAAUAACUCAAAAGAUUAUCUAUUAAAUGGAAUUCAUAAAUAUUCAGCGCUUGGUAUUUGUAUUCCAUCAUCUUGCAAUCAUGAAAACAUGCUAAACUUGUUAAAUUUUAUGGAGAAUCUAGAUUAUUUUAUAACAAUUGACUUUAAAGACAAUUUAUGCACGACUAAUGACACUAAACCUUUGGAAAUACGGCAUAAAAUAGGAUUAGUGUUUUUUACAAUUAUCCUGCAGAUAAUAAUCAUGAGUACACUCUACGACUAUUUUUACAUACAAUUAUCACAGGAUAUUGCACAAAACAAAAAAUUUGUGAAUUUAUCACCCAUUUCAGAAGCUUUAUCUUCUUUUUCUUUAUAUAAAAACUCAAAAAAACUCUUUUCAAUGAAUAACUCCGCGUCCAAUCAAAUAAAUUGUCUACAAGGCAUAAAAACACUCAGUAUAUUCUGGAUAAUUCUUGGGCACACGUUUUUAUUCGAAACAAUUUCGUCAACAAACAUUUUGAAUGUCAUAAAAUGGUCGCUGCAACUUCAGAGUUCAUUUGUCCAAGCCGCUUAUUAUGCUGUUGACACAUUUUUGGUCAUAAGUGGAGUGUUAUCCGGAUAUUUAUUCUGUAAUUCGAAUUCCAUACGAAGUUUUCUAUGGAAACAAGUACCAAAAAUGUAUUUACAUCGAUUUGUACGCCUGGGACCCGGAUUAUACGCCAUUUUGAUUUUGUAUAUCACUCUUGGUGACAGAAUUGGCUUCGGGCCUUAUAAACUACUCUUAAAUUCAUUCGAAACACCGAAAUGUUUAGAUAAAUUCACUUCUGAAGUGUUUUUCAUACAAAAUUACCAUCAUCCGAGGACAGAUUGUUUGGGCACUAUGCAUUCAUGGUACCUAGCGAUAGAAAUGCAACUUUGUAUAUUGCUACCAAUUUUCAUCGGUUUGCUACAAUUGAGAACAAGUUUCUUUCGUUUUGGGGUUAUAUCAAUGGUCGCCAUUUCGAUUUUUACCACUUUUGGAGCUAUCUACUUCAAUGAGAUCCCUAUAACUCUAGAGGAACUUGGAACGAUGAAUAAAUUCGGUGAUUAUCAUCAAUAUUAUUAUUAUCCGUUGCAUACUCGCAUGGGAUCUUGGUUUAUUGGUCUUUUUAUGGGUCAGUGGAUGACACAAAAGAGUUUCGAACAUAUCGAGUUAAAACGACGGGAAAUUUGGAUAAUUUGGUGUUUAUGGAUGAUAAUUGUUAGUAUUUUGUUUAUAACUCAAGGACAUAUGAAAAGUGAUAGCUGGGGAUUUGGUACAGUAGCGAUUUAUCAAAGUUUAAGUCGUCCAGUGUUUGCUUUGUGCAUUUCUUGGUUAAUUUUCGCGUGUAGUAAAGAAUAUUCAGGAGUGAUUAACACUGUUUUAACCUUCAAACUAUACAAUUUCUUCAGUAAAAUUGUUUUUUGUAUGUAUCUAGUCCACCAACCGAUCAUGCUAUUCUACACAGGGGAAAAACGCACGCCAUUAUACUUCUUAAACUCAUCCGGCAUAUUUGAAUUCGCGGGAUAUUUAAUAUUUUCGAUUUUUGGAGCUGUUAUCUGGACGUUAUGCUUUGAAAUGCCUGUAAUUCAACUGGAAAAAUGUUUUUUGAAACACAGGUAUAACAAUUACAACAAUACGGAUUUAAUACAACUUAAAUAAUAUUUAUUAGCGUUAAUAAUUAGUAAAGAAUCAUUAUAAUCAUUAUACAAACUGGAAUGUGUUCAUUUUAGUCGUAAUAUAUCUUUUGGUCACAAAUUUGAGGUUAAAAACCUUGUCAUAUAUUAUAAAAAGUAUUAAAACUUAAAUCUAACCUCA